AUGUUUGACCUCACGUUCGGUGCGGGUCGCGCGGCGCGGCAGGCAGUGCAGCAGCGCGGCGAGGCGCGGCAGCGGCUGCUGCAGCUCGGCGUGCCGCUGUUCCCUGACGGCAUGCUGCGGCAGGCGGUGGCGGCGGCACCUGAGCUGGGCCGCGGCACCUUCGGCGCCUGCUACAGCAUACUGGUCUACGCCGACUCCCGCCCGCUGGCCGCCGCCGCCAAGCUGUACCACGGGCAGCAGAGCCUUCAGCAGGCGCUGCGCGAGGCUCUUGCCUACCACCAGCUGGCGGACGUGCCCGGCGUGCCCCGCCUGCUGGGCGUGAGCCUGGCGCCGCUGUGCCUCGUCACCACGCUGCACGGUCCACGCACCCUGCUGGACGCCCUCUGCAGCCCCGGCACGCCCGCCGCGGCCCUGCUGUGCGCCCUGGCCCAGCUGGCCGCCACGCUGCGCGCCAUGCACGAGCGGCGCCUCUGCCACAACGACCUCAAGUUCGACAACGUGCUGCUGGACGGCGCGCCGGACGUCCCCGCCGCCCGGGCCACGCUGGUGGACAUGGGCGCCGUGCGGCGGACGGGCGCGCGGCCCUACCACGGGCGGCAGCUGAGCGGCGACAAGUACCCGUACCUGGCCCCCGAGGUGCUGCGGGGCGGCCCCGUGUCCCCCGCCAGCGACGCUUUCUCCCUCGGCUGGAUGCUGGAGGGCGUGCUGGACGCGCUGCCGCCCGCCAGUCCCGCUAGGGCCGAGCAGGGCCGCGGCGUGGCGCGCCAGUGCAUGCACCAGGACCCGGCGCAGCGCCUCUCCGUGGCCGCCGCGCAGGACGCCAUCACCAACCUCCUCCUCGACGGUGGUCCCAUAAUACGAUGA